AUGUCGACGACCGCUGCUGGUUCGGACAGCUCGUCCACGGGAGAAGUCACGGAGCUGGUGCUUGAAGUGCUUCAAUACUACGAGACGAGGCGAGUUCAUACCAUGUCUCCGUUCUCUUUCAGGAACCUUGACGUUCUGACAUCGGCUCGUAGUCAACUAAGCCAAUAUAUGGGGGUGGCAAUGCUUGGUGUCGUGUUCUACGAGUACCUGAUAACUUUUGACCUCGAAGUUCGCUAUAUCUGGGGCCGCCGACUGACAUGGGCUAAAGUGGUUUUCUUGCUCAACCGGUACACCACUCCGGUAUACUACAUUGGCCUCGUUUUCCCUCUCCUCCUCCCUGCUACAAGACUAAGGUAUGCUACGCUCCCGUACGCUAUCAAGCUUACCAAAAUUGAUAAUUUCGCCGAUUACUACGGCGAUCACUUAACCGACCUCCUUUUAUCAGCAUUCGCGGGGUUACGGAUCUAUCCCAUCAGCGACAAGAACAGAUUCAUCACACUGGCUGUGGUGUUAUUGUCCCUCUUCCCAAUCGCCACGAAUAUGGUCGCCGUUAUACCGCUCCAAUUGGGCAUAGGCCAUAUUCCUCUGCCGCCUCAUCCUACCUACUGCGCAUUUGACGACGCCAUGAAGUCCUCCGAGUUCCACGAGCGUAAGACUUCCUCCAUUGCCGUGUUCAUUGGCUUGCUAACGAACGUCCCGCUCAUCCUCGUGGAAGGUAUAAUCGUUGUGGUGAUCCUGCUGCGGACGGCGACUGUCGUUCUCGGCCGAAAGGAGUUGCCGACGUUUAAGUUCACCCGGCUCGUCAUGAGAGACGGCAUCGUUUACUUCUUAACUUUGAUGCUGAUCAACGUCACCAACGUGGCGACAUACUUCACCGACUCUACGCCGUAUGCCGACUUCUGUACGAUGAUCAGUGUGUACUACUUCAAUCUUGCAGGGAUCUCAGAUAUGAGCGAACGGACCAGCAUUCCUUCUCGUUGGGAGGGCAUGGCGACCAUCUCGUUACCAGUGUGA